GGGCUUCUUUAAGCACCGCUCCACCGUGAUGUGUAGAACUAUAAAAUGUAAUGCUUAAUAUGCUGAAGUGAAGGCGGGAGGACGAAGAUCGCGAGUUGAUUUUAAGCUAGCCGCGAGCGUUGUACAAUGGCGACGAGAAAACUCAAAGACGUGUUUGCUGAUGUCAGCCUCCCCUUCGCCGCCUUGCGGAAGCUGGCUCCACCGAUGCGUUUGCUGUCCGCCGCUUUCUGGAAGGUGAUGCAGCAGAGGGACGUGGCCCAGUACGGCGUCCUGGAAGAGUUUGUGUCGUCCGCGUGCGAGAACGUGCCGGGGUUGAUCGCCUUCAGGCACCAGGUCAAGCUCACGUUGGGGCUCAGAUCGCGGCUCAUCCUGGAACUUCUGCGCACCCCCCAGCCCGAUGCCAGUGUCAUCAAGACGCACCUGAAAAGGAUCUGCAAUCCUUCCAUCCCCUCGACGUCUUCCAGUCCGACUGUGCAGCUGGACAUGAAGGUGGAAAAAUCAGUGGAGAAUUUCCACAAGAUGGUGCACAAGAUUCUCACCGACCCAGCCGCCAAAGAGGAGUACUUCCAGGGGGAGUUCCUUCAGGACUACGGCCCUCACUUCGACCAGGCAUUGGAGAAGCUUCUGUGGGAGUUCCUCAUUCGCUUGGAUCGACUGCUCCCAGUGCCCUCCCUUUCUCAGACUGUGUCCUGGAUGAGCGAAACCCCCGCUGUCGUGGAAGGGUGCGCCCUCGCGGACUCCCAGCACCAGCUCCUGAGGAUUUUGCUGGACCAUCAAACGUGCCUCGGGCAUCUCGAUCCCACAGCAUCCAUCCCCACAAACAUGGGAGACUCUGUCUUGGCGUCGCUCUCUUUACCCCCCUCUGGAAAAGCGUCCUCAAAUCCGCAACAAGACUCCAACACAUCCUCUUCUGGUGAUCAGCCGGCGCGGAGACUAGAAAAAACGCCCGCCGACAGGCCGAUAAACGACGACGCGCCGGCAGAGCAGCAGUCCAAACAAGAUGGCGAGUGGCUGACAAGGUCGCCGGUUAGGAGUCACCACACGAAGCGCAAGCGAGCGGAUGAUGACGACGACGACGACGAGGAAACGUCCACGUCUAAAAGUGCUCGCGCCCUCGCUGCUGCCUGUCUGCGGCGCCGAGCCAGGGUUGUGAUCCGAAAACUGCCGUGCUCUGAACUCCCGAGAACGCGAAGGACCUCGAGCGGGCCCUCUGUGGAAGUCUGCAGCUUAGACGAUAAAGAGAAUUGUCCCACGGGAGAAAGUGUAGGCGCCCCGUCGUUGUCGUCGUCCCUGCGACGGAGCAGCAAAGGGCCGCCGGCGCUGCGCGGCGACGACUACGUUGCUGACUCCGAGGACGAAGGCACCAAGAACUUCAAAGAGAGGGUUUUUGGGAUGUCGCGGGAAACCAGAGUGCCCACCCGGAGAAAACCCACGCAGGCACGGACGGGGAGAACGUGCAAACUCCACACAGGCUGGGCCGGGAUUGAACCCGCGUCCUCAGAACUGUGAGGUCAUCGCUUUACCAGCUGACCCACUGUGCCCCCCAAACGGAAGUUUCCGAAGAAAGGAUUGACCGCCGCGUUGGACACCAGGAUGUCGACGCCGCCGCAGCGAUCCAACGUCUGCGGAGGACACGGGAACACCGGGUUUUACGGCGCACGCGGGCGGCACUCGAGGCCCCGCACUUUCC